AGUGAGCCACACAAAAAAAAAGAUUUACGUAAAACACAAUUAAUUGCAUAUUUUUUGAUAAGAAAUAUCGAAACCCAAACACCCAAAAACUAUGACAGCUAAACAGAAUGAACGUUUUGAUGCGAUGCUCAUGGCCAUUGCUCAGCAGCAAGAAGGCAUCGACGGCAUCCUGGACGUCUUCUUUUCCUUCCUAAAUCGCAAGACGGAUUUCUUCACACAGCCUCAGCUGGCCAGGGCGACUGUAGAUAAGUUCAUGUCGCGUUACUUAACUGAGGCCGAGGAGAAGAAGAAACGCGCAGCGCUGGAGGAAGAAGCUCGACGGAAGAAGGAAGCCGCCGCGUCUUCGCGCGUUGAGGUGCUCGAGGACGAGGAGGAACUCAGCACAGCGGCUGCCAAAGCGGCUUCCGAAGCCGCAGCCCACCGUAAAGCAGAGCUUGAAAAGAAAAAAAAGGAGCUUGAAGAAGCACAGAAUCAGAAAGGCAACGAUGACGAUGAGGACUGCAACAAGCCCAAGGGAUUACCACCUACCGCAGGCAACGGCUUUGAGUACGAGAACUAUACUUUCUCACAAACCCUUAAGGAUGUUGAGGUGCGCGUGCCGCUACCUGCACGAAAUGUCCGCGGCAAGCAGCUCGAUGUUGAGAUCAAGCAAGAUCAUCUGAAAGUUGCUAUGAAGGGUAAGCCUCCCAUCAUCGAUGGCGAUCUCUACGCGCGCGUAAAGUUAGCGGAUUGCAUGUGGACUAUUGAAGAUGGGUCUGUGGUGGUGAUAUCACUACAAAAGCAGAAUGAUAUGGAGUGGUGGAAAACCAUUAUUGUCGGCGACCCUGAGAUCGAUCUACAGAAGGUUGUGCCGGAGAACUCCAAGUUAGAGGACUUGGAUAGCGAAACGAGGCAGACGGUGGAAAAAAUGAUGUUUGAUCAGCGCCAGAAGGCGCUCGGCAAGCCAACCUCCGAGGAGCAAAAGAAGCAAGAUAUGCUGAAGAAGUUCAUGGAGGCUCAUCCAGAGAUGGACUUUUCACAAGCGAAGUUCUGUUAACUACGGGAUUAGUAAGGUCAUCUGUUGGGCAGGUGUACGUGUCUUUAUUAAUAACCCUUACAUUUUUGAGACCUUUGGGUAAAAUUUUUUCACAGCAUAAGAUUUCUAAUAAUAAAGUAAUAGGAAAGAAUUAUUAUUAUGGCCACACACAAAAUAACUGCGAAGGAAGAAAUGCAACAAUCUCGAAUAUACAUAACACGUGUUUCAGUUCAUUUUUAAUACUGAAAAUGAAUAUUGAGACCCUUCCCCGCCGUGAUGGUGCUUGGUGGCUUUGAUUUCUAAA